AUGUUUCUACCAUCGUACCGAACGGCUGUCACGUAUGCUAUGUGUGCAGCCGUAGCACUGUGCGCCAGUCCAAGCUGUCGGGAGCUACCUCAGGAUCACACUUGGCCAUCGCCUGGCCAGUGGAAUGUUCUCAACAAGGCAGUCAAUGGAAAGCUUGUGUCGACCGUUCCUGAGAACUCAUCGACUUCCGUGCAGAGCGCCUACUUCCAGACAGAAGCGUGCAGCCCCUUCACAGAACGCUCGAAGCCUUGCGAACUCGGAAACUACUCUCCGUACACCAUUACAGUCUCUUCGGCCAAGGACAUCCAGGCCGGUGUUCGAUUCGCUCAGAAGCAAAACAUCCGUUUGGUCAUCAAAAACACGGGUCAUGACUUCAUGGGUAAAAACGUGGGAGCAGGAUCACUUGGACUGUGGACCCACAAACUCAAGUCAGUUGAGGUUAUCAGCAACUACAACAGCACGUACUACAGCGGCCCAGCUGUGAAGAUGGGCGCUGGAGUUGUUGGCGAGGAUGCUCUCCCCGUGGUCUCAAAGGCAGGUCUGCGCAUCGUUUCCGGAAGCUGCCCAACGGUCGGCCUGGACGGUGUCGUGGCUGUUGGUUCUCUCUCUUUUUCAGCGGACGCAAACGAAUCCAACGACACAUUAUGGGCCGGUGUUGAAGCAUGGCUCUCGAACAUACCCGCUCUUGUCGACGGUGGCGCAACAGCCAUUGGCAUCUUGUCACCCACGUCGUUCAGCGUUUCACCUCUCGUACUCCCCGACAGAGACGAGGCCGACGUGCAAGAUCUAAUUGCACCAGUCACGACGAAGCUGGACAGUUUGGGACUCGAAUACUCAGUUAAUGUCACCACCUUUCCCACCUUCAUGGACUUCUACAACAUCUACUUCAUUCCGCCGGAGUGGCAGCUGAUAGACCGAAUCAGCGGUGGGCGCUUCGUCCCUCGGCCCGUUCUACAGAACAACACAGCAGAAUUUGUAUCAGUCCUGCGCGACCUCACAGAAACCACCGACGCAAUGAUUGCGCUAGUUGGGGUCGGCUCUUCAACCCGAGAUGCCAUCGCACCCAACGCCGUGGCCCCACAGUGGCGUGAAGCCAACAUGAACGUCCUCGCGCAGCUACAGUGGCAAUACAACCAACCCUGGAACUUCAACCUGGCUCAAAUCGACGAGAUCAACAACGUCAUCAUACCCAAACUCGAAGCUGUCACACCAGGCGCCGGUUCGUACUUGAACGAGGCCAACUUUGCGAAUCCGACGUGGAAAGAGGACUUCUACGGUGGGAAUUACGACAAGCUGCGCAAGAUCAAGAAGGAGUACGAUCCAGAUGAUCUGUUUUAUGGCCCCACCAUCGUCGGCAGCGAUGCGUGGAAUGUGGCGAGCGAUGGGCGCUUGUGCAGGGCGUAG